AUGUCCCCACACCCACCGGUCGACAUUCUCAUCCUCGGUCUCGGCUGGAGUGGCCGGUACGUCGCUGACCUCCUUACGACAUUAGGCAUCACUUACGCGGGGACGACCACUAAUGGCCGAGACGGGACAAUCCCAUUUACCUUUCUUCCUGACUCGACGGACAGCACACUGUUUGCAGUGCUUCCGGAUGCAAAGAUGGUACUUGUGACGUUUCCUGUGCGGGGUGGGGAAGCCAUGAAGCGAUUGACGGGAUUCUAUGCGGAAACACAUGACUGUGUCCCAAAGUACAUUUUGUUUGGGAGUACGCGAGCAUGGAACCCUGGACCCACUGCAGCAACGGGCGUCUGGGUCGACAGACACACUCCCCCCGACCCAAAUACAGAUGUACCCCGCGUGGAUGCCGAGAACGCCCUUCUCGCAUGCGGCGGAUGUGUGCUUAAUCUGGCGGGGCUCUGGGGUGGAGAGCGGCAACCCCGCAACUGGCUUGGCCGUGUCGCUAGCACCAAAGCUGCGUUAGAGUCCAAAGGGUCGUUGCAUCUGGUACAUGGCAAGGACGUUGCCAGAGCAGUGUUGGCUGUUUAUAAGAAAUUUACGCCGGGAGAGCGAUGGUUGCUUUCAGACAUGCGGGUGUAUGAUUGGUGGGAUUUGGCUGGAGCGUGGGGAACGGCAGGCGAACAACCUGAGUGGGUUGGUCAACUUUUGGAAGAGCAUGGAGUGAAAGGGCUACCGAGACCCGCAGAGUCCUUGGGUCGAGCCAUUGACACCAGGGAAUUUUGGAAAAAGUUUGGAAUCUCGCCCAGUCAGACAUUAAUGGGAUGUGAUCUGUAGCAUUGCUUUUCAUUUUCUAUUUUUUUUUGUACAUUUUGCAUCAAAUAAAGUGGCUUUGGCUAUUCAC